GGCGUCUCACACUUGCCGCCACACUCAAUAUGGCCAACAGAAAGUUCCCAGAGGAAGUCACGCGAGAUUUGCAUCCCGGGUGUUCGUGAAUUGAGACGGGGGUGUGGAGCAGCCAAGAUGGAGCCGGCAGCCGGUGCCCCGGGCCCGCUGAUUGUGAACAACAAGCAGCCGCAGCCACCGCCACCUCCUCCGCCGGCAGCUGCGCAGCCUACCGCCGGGGCACCGCGGACGGGCGGAGGCCUCCUGCCCGGAGGCAAGGCCCGCGAGUUCAACCGCAACCAGCGUAAAGACUCGGAGCAGGGCUAUUCCGAGUCUCCAGACCUGGAGUUUGAGUAUGCGGAUACAGACAAAUGGGCCGCAGAGCUCUCAGAGCUUUACAGCUACACGGAAGGACCAGAAUUCCUGAUGAAUCGAAAAUGCUUUGAGGAAGACUUUAGGAUACAUGUGACAGACAAGAAGUGGACUGAGCUGGACACCAACCAGCACCGUACCCAUGCCAUGAGGCUCCUGGAUGGCUUGGAAGUCACUGCCAGGGAGAAGAGACUCAAGGUGGCUCGAGCCAUUCUCUAUGUUGCCCAAGGCACCUUUGGUGAGUGCAGCUCGGAGGCAGAGGUGCAGUUCUGGAUGCGCUACAACAUCUUUUUGCUCCUGGAGGUGGGCACGUUCAAUGCUUUGGUGGAGCUUCUGAACAUGGAAAUAGACAACAGUGCCGCAUGCAGCAGUGCAGUGAGGAAGCCCGCCAUCUCCCUGGCUGACAGCACAGAUCUGAGGGUCCUGCUCAACAUCAUGUACCUGAUUGUGGAGACCGUGCACCAGGAGUGUGAGGGUGACAAGGCAGAGUGGAGGACCAUGCGGCAGACCUUCAGGGCAGAACUGGGCUCCCCGCUGUACAACAAUGAGCCGUUUGCCAUCAUGCUGUUUGGGAUGGUGACCAAAUUUUGCAGUGGCCAUGCCCCUCAUUUCCCAAUGAAGAAAGUUCUCCUGCUUCUGUGGAAGACAGUGUUGUGCACACUGGGUGGCUUUGAAGAGCUACAGAGCAUGAAGGCUGAGAAGCGCGCGCUCCUGGGCCUGCCCCCGCUGCCGGAAGACAGCAUCAAGGUGAUCCGCAACAUGAGGGCUGCCUCUCCGCCAGCAUCCGCCUCUGAUCUGAUUGAGCAGCAGCAGAAGAGGGGCCGCCGUGAGCACAAGGCCCUGAUAAAGCAGGACAACUUAGAUGCCUUCAAUGAACGGGACCCCUACAAGGCCGAUGACUCCCGAGAAGAGGAGGAGGAGAAUGACGAUGACAACAGUCUGGAGGGAGAGACCUUUCCCUUGGAGCGGGAUGAGGUGAUGCCUCCCCCACUGCAGCACCCCCAGACUGACAGGCUCACCUGCCCCAAGGGGCUCCCCUGGGCCCCCAAGGUCAGAGAGAAGGACAUUGAGAUGUUCCUCGAGUCUAGCCGCAGCAAAUUCAUAGGUUACACUCUAGGCAGUGACACGAGCACCAUAGUAGGGCUGCCCAGGCCAAUCCACGAAAGCAUCAAGACUCUGAAACAGCACAAGUACACAUCCAUUGCUGAGGUCCAGGCGCAGAUGGAAGAGGAGUACCUCCGUUCGCCUCUCUCAGGGGGAGAAGAGGAGGUUGAACAGGUCCCUGCAGAAACUCUCUACCAAGGCCUGCUCCCCAGCCUGCCUCAGUACAUGAUCGCCCUUCUGAAGAUCCUGCUGGCUGCAGCCCCCACCUCGAAAGCCAAAACCGACUCAAUCAACAUCCUCGCCGAUGUCCUUCCUGAAGAGAUGCCCACCACAGUGUUGCAGAGCAUGAAGCUGGGGGUGGACGUGAACCGCCACAAAGAGGUUAUUGUGAAGGCCAUUUCUGCUGUGUUACUGCUGCUGCUCAAGCACUUUAAGCUGAACCAUGUCUACCAGUUUGAAUACAUGGCCCAGCACCUGGUGUUUGCCAACUGCAUCCCUUUGAUCCUGAAGUUCUUCAAUCAAAACAUCAUGUCCUACAUCACUGCCAAAAAUAGCAUUUCGGUCCUGGACUACCCUCACUGUGUGGUGCACGAGCUACCAGAGCUGACGGCGGAGAGUCUGGAAGCAGGUGACAACAACCAGUUUUGCUGGAGGAACCUCUUUUCUUGUAUCAAUCUGCUUCGCAUCUUGAACAAGCUGACUAAAUGGAAGCACUCAAGGACAAUGAUGCUGGUGGUGUUCAAGUCGGCGCCCAUCCUGAAGCGGGCCCUGAAGGUGAAGCAGGCCAUGAUGCAGCUGUACGUGCUGAAGCUGCUCAAGGUGCAGACCAAGUACCUGGGGCGGCAGUGGCGCAAAAGCAACAUGAAGACCAUGUCGGCCAUCUACCAGAAGGUGCGCCACCGGCUCAACGACGACUGGGCGUACGGCAACGAUCUCGAUGCGCGGCCCUGGGACUUCCAGGCAGAGGAGUGUGCCCUCCGGGCCAACAUUGAACGGUUCAACGCCCGGCGCUACGACCGUGCCCACAGCAACCCUGACUUCCUGCCAGUGGACAACUGCCUGCAGAGUGUCCUGGGCCAGCGGGUGGACCUCCCUGAGGACUUCCAGAUGAACUACGACCUCUGGUUAGAAAGAGAGGUCUUCUCCAAGCCCAUAUCCUGGGAGGAGCUGCUGCAGUGAGGCUGCUGGGCAGGAGACUGAGAGGGACACAUCAGUAAUUGCCAGUUACCCAGGGACUGGGUCACUUAUGGCUGCAAUGCUCCUGUACUCCUCCAGGUGGCAGCACAGCUCCACUGACUCCACAGCUGGCCCUGGGCUUGUAGGCCACCAGGCAGUGGUCUCUCUCCGGGACUGCCAGUGUCCUGGCCAGGAGCAGUCCUCUCCCCAUGUGGAAUCCACCCUUCCCCAAUCCUCUUUUGAAACUGAUUGGUUGCAGCUGAUUUCCCAGCUGGCCCAAGGUUGGGAAAAGCUUGGGGUCCAGGAACUCUUUCCCACCGCAUCUGGAUUUCAAGGGCUGAUUCCUUCCGAGACAGCACCUGCAUGGCACAUCAGCUCGCCAAGCGGGUGGAGGGCUUGGGAUUCCAGCAAGAACCAGAGCCAGGAAAUCGGGAUCCUGUUUGUGCUGGGGGUGGGGGUUCUGACAUCAUUCCGGAGUCCUGUGUGCCUCAUCCGGAAGCGGUUGCAAAGCAGUUGGAAUGGUCGCUGCGGCUGCCUCGGGGCUUCUGGGGAGGGUUGAGGGAGGAGGAAGGCGUGUGUCUUUUCUCUGCUUCACUAGGGCCUGUAGAUAUCUAUGUAUAAAUGUAUGUGUUGUCCCCUGUGAUGUGUCGGGGUUUCUAAUGUGUUUCUGUACUCUUUACAUUAAAAAAGUAAAAGCA